UAGACAAACCCAACUUUAUUUUUAGUUCCAAUGAGUGACUUUUUUGUAAUUUGUUACAUUAAUAACUAACAACCCAAAUCUCUAGCCAUCAAAGUAGUAAUUUGUCCAAACAAUGAUUGUCCUUAACUACAAGUAGAAGUGUAGAACUUAGAUAGUAAAAAAAAUUUCAAAAAAAAAAAAUGAAAAAUAAAAAAUUGAAGGUAGCAUUUGUAGAGAGAGAAAGCAAGAGUUUUUAGAGAGAGAAAGUAAGAAACUAGACUUCAACGUUGGGGAUGGAAAGCCCCGUCACGAGGCUCUCGAGUCUCGACCCACAAAAUGCCACGACUCCUUAUUUCACUUCCUUGUCGACGUGGCCCAAUCCACAACCGUUAAUCCAUUAAUAUGGCCCCACUUUUACUUCCACUUUUCAUAAACUUUUUCACUUUCUUAUAUUUCGUGAACCAUUAUAUAAGUUAUAUACUUUGCAUAAAAAAAAAAUAAAAAAAUAUACUAGUAUAUAUAUAGUUAUAUACUAUCACACUUUAUAUUAAAAUUUGCGGUACACAUAUUUAUAUAACUAUAAACUUAUACUAUAUAGCACACUUCUACUAUACUCCCAUGCAAUAUCACACUCUACUCUUAAGAAAAAAAAAAAAAAAACACACCAAAUAUUAUUACAAGUACUCUAACAAACUUUCCUUUCUAAAAACACCUAAAUCUUUGAUCUUCUUUUCUUUCUUUCUUCUUUUGCUUGGUUAUUAUUACAUACAUACUUAGUUAUUGUCACAUUAUAUUAUUCGGUUCGUCGUCGAUCUCCAUCCUUCUUAUUAUCGACCGAGCUCGAUAGCUUGCUUAGCUUGAGACAAACGUACACGGAGAUGGGAAGAGCGCCGUGUUGUGAGAAAGUCGGGUUGAAGCGUGGGAGGUGGACGGAGGAGGAAGAUAAUAAGUUGUUGAAAUAUAUUCAAGAAAAUGGAGAAGGGUCUUGGAGAUCAUUGCCUAAAAAUGCAGGGUUAUUGAGGUGCGGAAAGAGUUGUAGAUUAAGAUGGAUAAAUUAUUUGAGAUCCGAUUUAAAGAGAGGAAAUAUCACACCCGAUGAAGAAGAGAUCAUUAUCAAACUCCAUUCUACUAUGGGUAAUAGGUGGUCCAUGAUUGCUGGGCAACUACCAGGAAGAACAGACAAUGAGAUUAAAAAUUAUUGGAACUCUCAUUUGAGCAGGAAAAUCCAUACAUUUAGAAGGCCCAAUGGAGAUGCUAAUGGUGGCAAAAUCAUCAUAAACAUGAGCAAUGCGAGCGCGCCACCUAAGCGCCGUGGGGGCCGAACAAGCAGGGCUGCUAUGCAAAGGAAUAGAAACAACAUAGCCCUCAUCAACAACAACAACAACAACAACAACAACAACAACACUGUUACUAAUGUUCUAGCAACAGUGGGUCCCACCCAAGAGAUGAGCAAUUUAAUGGGAAAUAAAAACUUUAGUAUACCCAAGAAUAAAAUUUCUAAUAAUAAUAAUAAUAAUAAUAAUAAUAAGAAGAAGAAGAAGAAGAAUAUUAGGGAGGAGGUGGAAAAUGAGAAUUUAAUGUUUAAUGAAGAGGAAACAGAGUUGUUGGGUAUUGAAGAAAUAAUGGGCCUUGAUGGGCUUUUAGGAACCACAAAUGAAGAGAAUAGUGUGGGCCCUAGUGAGAGUAAUGGACCUAUGGGAAUGAGCCCAAUUGCAGAAGAUCAAAAUCAUAAUCAACACAAUAGUAAUAAUAAUAACGUGAGUACAUCCACAGGGUCUAAUGGUGGAGGAUCAAGAUCAACAGCUUCAUCAUCAUCAAACUUUGAUCAUCAUGGUGGAUUUGAUUGGGAUUGGGAGAUCGGGACCGUCGAUUGUAUCGGCCAAGAUUUCAAGCUGUGGGAUGAGAAGGAGCAGUUCAUUUCUUGGUUAUGUGAAAAUGAUGAUCAUUUGCAAGAGCCUUCUGUUUUUUCUGAUCUUUCUUCUGAUUUAGAUGCUGAGAAAGAACAAGCUAUGUUCGCUUGGCUUCUCUCUUAAAAAAGCCCCGAAAUAUUAGGAGACCUUACUCAUAAGGGUAAAAAUAUCGUAAUGCAAAUGUUUAGAUAGAUUUAAGUGUUCGAUGUUUCUAGUGUAGUCUCAUUAAAUUUGUUACUUUAUUUUUUGGGUAGUAGUGGUUGAGUUAUCAUGGUCUUUUUUUUUAUGUUUUAGAUGUCAAGUUUUCCAUUUGUGUCUCAAUAUUGCUCCUCUUUUUUUGGUGGUCUAGUUAAUGUACUAUUAAUAAACUGAAUGAUACAUGUAGUGAAAGGGAACAUUUUGUCU